CGUCUCUCUCUUCUCUCUCCCGCUCCGUCACAAAUUAGAAACCAGAGAAGAAAGCAGUGGGUUUAUGGAGAAGGGAUGCCGAAGCAGAUGCCGUUGUUCUUCUUCGAAGUUUGCAGUCGUGUACAAGCCUUCCUCUUUUCUAUUCUUGUCCUUGUGUCAGCCCUCCGAUCCCUCUCGUUCCUCUCGAUUCACGCCUUGGUCUCGCUACCUCCGAUUUAGUGUUCCCAAAUAGUACCAAAUUCUUUAAUUCUUCGCAAACCAAAGGUUCCUCAGUGAGCAGCAUCUCUGAGCUGUUAUCUUCCUCUACAAGUUAAAGAUUUAUCUCAAUACUGAGUAAAUACAAACAGCAGAGGGACACAUAAUGAAUGAUUGGCACCACUUUCUUCCUUGAAACAAAAUGACCCCUUUCUGCCAGUUCUUUAUAUAAGAAAAUGUCAUCGGCAAGUGGUAAAUCUCCUGGUUGGGCCGCUUUUGACCUCAAGCAGCGACAGAAGCAAGGGCUUGAACCUGAACUUGACAAAGAGCCUUACCCACCCAUUCCAAGCAGUUUCGCCCCUUUACGUCCUUGCAGAAACUCUGCAUCAAAUGGUCGCUCAGGGAGGUCUUUCUCAUCACUACUUGUACCUUCUGUGAAUUUCCCAACUUUGGAAGAGAACAAGGAUUGCAAAAAACCAAUGCAAGGUGGCAAUUCCGGGAGCAAAGAACAGACCAAGGUUGCUGAAGUAAGCAAUCUUGUUAUUGCCUUUAAUAAGCUCAAAGAACACUACUCCUGGGCUGACAAUAGCUUAAUUGAGGAUAUCAUGGCUGCUGUAGAUAAUGACAUUGACAAGGCUUCAACUUUAUUAGGAGCAAUGGUUUCCACUGGGAGCUUUGAGGAGAACAAAGAAACCAGUAUUGCGGAACUGAAUUCUACUUCAGGGAAUCCAUAUGAAAAUUGCAAAUUACAGGCAGAUAAUGGUGUUUUUUUAGGAAAUGAUACAGUUCUUUCAGAGCUGAGCUCUACCAUUGGGGAUCUUCUUAUUGAUAAUAACAAAGAGUUGACAGAUGAAUGUGGUUCUAGUGGGAAAAAUCUUUCUGAUGAUGCUGCAGAUAUGAAACUGAUUUUGGGUCACAUGAAUUCUAUACCCAUUGAGCCUGAGUGGGAGGAGGAUGAUGUUUACUUGAGCCAUCGGAAAGAUGCAAUUAGGUUCAUGAGGUCAGCAUCUCGGCAUUCAAGGGCAGCCGCUAAUGCUUUUCGAAGAGGAGAUCAUGCAUCUGCAAAACAGUUGUCAGUGGAAGCUAAGGAGGAAUGGGUCAAGGCUGAAAGAUUCAAUUCCAAGGCAGCUAAUGAAAUUCUGGAUAUCAGGAAUAGCAACAAUGAUUUGUGGAAGUUAGACUUACAUGGUCUUCAUGCAGCAGAAGCUGUUCAAGCCUUGCAAGAACAUUUGUGGAAGAUCGAAACCCAGAUGCCAUUCAAUCGUUCAGUAUCCCCUAACAGAGCCAAGACAAAAGCAGGGAUUUUACGUUCUCCGUCACUUGAGUCCUUUGGUUGUGUAGACAAUGAGGAGUUGGAUAAACAACGGACAUUAUCUAGGCAGAGACCAACAUCACUACAAGUCAUAACAGGUAGAGGUAAUCAUAGCCGAGGCCAGGCAGCACUCCCAACCUCUGUGAGAAGUUUCCUCAACGAGCACGGAUACCGUUUUGAAGAGGCGAGGCCAGGGGUAAUUGCAGUUCGCCCGAAGUUCCGUCACAGGUGAAUCCCUGAAUGCUGAAUAAGGUACACAAGCAUGGAAUCCACACAUGUUUUUCUUUCAGGGGUCCUAUCAUCUAUGUUGAUAGUGAAUUAAGAGCUAGGUGAUGUCCUAUUUAUAUAACGCAUUGGUCCAACUCCUUUUUAUGAAAGAUCUCUAGUUUUAGUUUUGCAGAAAGUUGUUAUUAAGUUUUAACUCAGACAUUUAUAUCAUCAGUGUAUAUAUGACAAACCGUUUGUCUAAUGAAAUAUGUGCCAAUUCAUGGACACAAGUUCUGUUGUUU